CUGCGAUCAGUGCAUUUCAGUGCUUAAAUCAACCUUAAGCAUGUCCGGAAUCACGGAGAAUUCGGACUGUGACGACUGCAACUAUCCCGCCCACGGGGGUAACGGCACCGGAUCGCGCUUGCACUCCACCAUGGAUGAGGACGACGAACUUCUGAGAUACAUCUGGACAGAGUACCUGCACCCCAAGGAGUACGAGUGGGUUCUAAUCGUGGCUUACAUAAUUGUGUUCUUUGUCUCACUGAUCGGAAACUCGCUUGUUUGUUUUGCAGUGUGGAAAAAUCGUCACAUGCGCACAGUGACCAACUACUUCAUAGUAAACCUUUCCCUGGCUGAUGUACUGGUCACCAUCAUUUGUCUGCCUGCAAGUCUUGUGGUUGACAUCACAGAGACAUGGUUUUUUGGCGAGACUCUUUGCAAAAUUGUCCCCUAUCUUCAGACCAUCUCUGUUUCUGUAUCGGUUUUGACACUGAGCUGUAUUGCUCAAGACCGUUGGUACGCUAUCUGUCACCCGCUAAUGUUCAAGAGCACAGCCAGGAGGGCUCGUAAGAGCGUCAUUGCCAUCUGGGUUGUGUCGUGCAUCAUCAUGAUUCCCCAAGCCAUCGUGAUGGAGUGCAGCAGCCUUCUGCCUGAACUCACAAACAAGACCCGCCUGUUCACAGUUUGUGAUGAACACUGGGGAGCUGAGAUCUACCCAAAAGUCUACCACACUGGCUUCUUCAUCGUCACAUACUUUGCUCCAUUAUGUCUCAUGGUCGUGGCUUAUAUUCAGAUUUUCCACAAGCUGUGGUGCCAACAGAUUCCUGGAAACACAUCAGUGAUUCAGAGGAAUUGGAGGACGUUCCGGUGUGCUGCUCCGGGUUCAGGAGAGUCUGCGAGGGUGAGGACUGGCACAGUUACUGCUGAGAUCAAACAAAUCAGAGCCAGACGCAAAACAGCUCGCAUGCUGAUGGUUGUGCUCUUUGUGUUUGCCCUCUGCUACCUACCGAUCAGCGUGCUCAAUAUCAUGAAAAGGGUUUUUGGGACCUUUAAGAACACAACCGACAGAGAAACAAUAUAUGCAUGGUUCACUUUCUCGCACUGGCUAAUAUACGCCAACAGUGCAGCAAAUCCCAUCAUCUAUAAUUUUUUGAGUGGGAAGUUCCGCAAAGAGUUUAAAUCUGCAUUUUCUUGCACUUGUUGCGAGGAGCGACAAGACGACAAUAUAAGGACACGGACCAGAGUGAACAGAGAGAGUCGAAAGUCGAUGUCAACUCAAGUUAACAAUGUAGACAAUCUGUCACAGUUAUCAGAUCAGAUUGUGUAGCCUUCUAAUCUGGGUAAGAAGUUUAUAUAUCCCAUCCUGAGGACAUGGGAAUCAUUAAUGCUCACACUGUGGAAUGUGCAAACCUCUAUUUAUUUUCCAAAGGACUUGCUGCUGCAAAAGAUGAUAUGUUAGAGUAAAAGAUGAGAUUUUAAUUAACAUUUCCAGAGAGUUUUGGAAAAUAAUUUUCUGGAGACUUUGUGUUAAAAUACUAUUAAUUUGAAACAGAAAUCUUUAUACUAUAAAUCACACAACAUGGAUGUUCAGUGUCUAUGUAGUUUGCUACACACAUAAAUAACAGAUUUAUUCUCUUUCUAUAUUAAAACUAUGUUCACUGUAUUAAUUUAUUUUGUUUCAGCAGUCAAUGUAUUUAUUUGUUUCUACACUAGUGGAGGAGUUGGUGCUGAAAAGAUAAAGCUGCUCAGAGAACCUUAAAGGGGACAUAUCAUACAAAAUCCACUUGUUUAGCCAUUAAAUACAUUUUGUGUGUUCUUGGAGUCUGAAGGAGUGUAGAAAAGUUGAAUUUAGUCUCUCCAGGUGCUGCGUAGAUAUCUUUUUAUUCUGUAUGGGUCAUAUUUUUUAAUCCGUUCAGUUUUCUUUAUUCUCUGUUAUGUUUUUUAAACUAUUACUUCACAGUAUUUGUGGAGGAACAGCUGAACAAAUAGAAUACGCCAUUUUUAUUUCUUGCUGUAAUUUUGUAGUCCAAGCUCAGGUAUGCCGAAGCUGCAAGUGGAUAAGUGUAAAUGUUUGGUUGUUGAGUGUAUUAACACACACAGUUCAUUACACCGUCCCCCAGCAUCAGAACCUCUUCGAAGUGUAAACAAUGCUCCUUAGUGUAGUUACUUGAAAUGGAUGGAGAGGGUGUAAAUACAGUAAUAACACACCGUUGCGAUGCAUUCAUUUGAACGCACGGUUCUGCAGGUUUGUUUUCUUCAGUCUCCUCUCGCUCUGAGCAAGACUGGCUCGAAUAUGUAAGGCUGGAUGUUCAAGUCUUGAAUGUUGGCAUCUUUUAAUUAAUUUGAGAAUAGGUUUGGGAAGUGCCUCUGUAGCAUUUAAAGAGAUGCACCAAAUGAAGUUGCUGUGAAAAACGUUGUGAUCAACGAUACUACCAAUACCACAAUAUGCAAAACACAGUAAACAUUCUGGGUUUUAAAAGUAUGUGAGAUGAAGAUUUGCUGCUUAAUGGAAAGACAGAUAUUUGUUUGUGAUUAUGUUUUAUCGACAUGUUGGAAAUAGUGUUAUGCCCCUUUUCCAUUAUUACCUACUCUAUUUGGGUUGGGUCAGCUCUACAUGGAUUAGUUAGUUUUCCAUUAAAAUUAAAAUUAUUUUAUUUUAUGUGAUAGACCAACUCAUAGUAGUGUAUAUAAAAGGGAAGUUAUACACGGUUUUCAAACUUUGCUUUAAUAAAAAAUUUGAAAGGUGUGACAUGUAAUUAUAUAAUUACAUAUUAAAUAUUCUGGUCAUGCAUAAAAUUAUAGGAAAGUUUAAGGUAUGUAGUGGUCACUGGAAACAUGCGGAAGAAGGUGCUGUGGUCAGACUUCAAUUGUUUGGCAUAUGCAAUAUUUUAUAUAUGAAAGCAAACUAACAUUGCACUUCACCCCGAACACAUCAUGCCAAUUAUAAACAUGUCAUAGUUGUGCUCAGAAGGGCCCAAUUUCAGAAAGAUAUGUCAAAAACAAAGGUUCGGAACAGGUAACCAAAAACAUGAAAUCUAGAGUGGAAACCAAAUAAAUCCUUUUCAGCAAAGUGUUGGUUGAUGGAGGGAUCUCAAACAUUGCUGAAAAACCAGGGGAGUAUAUUACACUGCAAUAAGUAAAAUCUUGAAUUUUAGAAAACUAAUCAUAGAAAUAGCUACUAACUGGGUAGAACAUUGUGUUUUGGGGACAAAAAUUAUGCAACUUUCUAUGAACCUGUCUAUAUAAAUUACCAGGCAAGAAGGCUUCUGUCAGGAAAUUUUUUUCAAAACAUUGGUGUCAAAAAAUCUGAUGGAUGAUUUAUCAUGCAGCUUUUUAUUCUUUGAAAUUUUUUUAACACAAACGCACUAAAUAAUGUACUAAAUCAAAUGAAUAGAAAUGAAAAUGACUAUUGCAUAAUCAAUGUUAUUUAUUAAUGCAAUCAUUGCAUCUGUUGAAACAAAAUAAUGAAAAGAUGGGACAAGCAUUUAUCAAAUAGAGAGAAUUAAAUUGAAUGGAAAAAUCAAGUGAAGUUGUGUUACAAUCAAAGAAAACAAGGAGGAAAUCUUUUCCCAAGGAUCUGCUUAAUUUCUGUUCACUGACUUGUGCUGGACUUGUAUUUCUCGUUAGCUCAUUAAAUUCUUUGAGGUUUUCUUUGUUAAGUGUAUUUGUGGACAUUAUUGAAGUUCUAUUUGUUUUUUGUUUUAUAAUUGUUGUAAUUUUUAUUUUGUAAUGUUAAAGCUAUGGGUUGUUUUUUGAAUUAAUUUAAUAUUUUGAUUAUCAGGUUGAAAACUAUCUGGAUUUUUGAUGUUACUGAUUUACAUUUGGGAUUAAUGUGAAGUCUUUUAGUGUUUUGAGUUUCAUUUCUUUAAACACCUUGCUGCAAUUUGUUACUUCUGUAAUGCUGUGACUUAUUUUCAUUUCUCCCUAUUGUUUGUAAUUUAUACAUUUCUAUUGUGAUUGUUCAUGUGUUUUAUGGCUUUUUACCUGUUCUUCUUUCAAGCUGACAGUGGUGAAGCUCUCUGGUCAAAGUGUUUUCACCGAAUGUGCUUGAUCAAUAAAUAAUUUUUUCAGUGUUGA